UCGUGUCACCACCACCAUCACCACCACCACCACCUCUAGAGUGUUUACGUCGCGAGUUUAGGUCAGAGUCUAUCGCCCCCUCAGGACAAGAGAAGCCUCAGUGUGUAUCUGGCAGCGGUGUGACAAGCCCGACAGGUCAAUGGUGUUUUCCUUCCACGUGUAUCGCAAGAGUGCCCCCAAUGGCAAACUGUCGGUUUACGUGGGUCGGAGGGACUACACCGACCACCUCACCCAUGUCGACCCUAUUGACGGCAUGGUGUGGCUGGAGCGGGACUACGUGAAGGAGCGGCGGGUGUUCGCUCAGGUGGUCAUGACGUACAGGUAUGGGAGGGAGGAGGACGAGGUGAUGGGCCUGACCUUCGCCCGGGACAUGGUGGUGGCCUCGGCUCAGGUCUAUCCGCCCUCGCCACUCACCAAGCCCCCAAACAGUCUCCAGGAGCGUCUGCAGAAGAAGCUUGGUGUCAACUCGUUUCCUUUCCACCUGGAGAUGCCUCGUAGCGCCCCAGCCUCCGUCACGCUGCAGCAAGGUAAGGAGGAGACGGGUCGGCCCUGUGGUGUGCAAUGGGAACUACGGAUAUUCGUGGGAGCCAACGCUGAGGACCAACCCCAGCGGCGCUCCUGUGUACGGCUGCUAAUCAGGAGGUUCCAGUACGCCCCGGCCAAACAGGGACGCAAACCCACAGCAUCGUGCACUAAGGAGUUCCUGCUCUCCCCUGGCAAGCUUCACCUACAGGUUGCUCUGGACCGCCAGAUUUACUACCACGAGGAGGCGGUGAAGGUGGCGGUGACAGUUUCCAAUCAGUCCAACAAGCAGGUGAAGAAAGUGAAGGUGGGCGUGGUGCAGCUGGUGGAGGUGUCCCUGGGUCCCGCCGGUCACGUGAGGAACACCGUGGCUAGCAUUGAGUCUCAGGAUGGCUGCCCAGUGGUUCCCGGGGCUGGCCUGACACGCAGCUUCAGUCUCACCCCGACGCUGCGACUCAACCAGCAGAGGCGUGGUGUGGCGGUGGAUGGCAGGCUGAAAUCGGAGGACACAAACCUGGCGUCCUCCACUCUGUUCACGAACCCUGACCACCGAGACAAGUUUGGCAUCGUAGUGUCGUACGUGGCUCGGGUGAAGCUUAGCAUGGGGACGCUGGGAGGCGAGCUGGCUGCCGAGGUGCCCUUCACGCUCAUGAACCCGCCGCUGGAGGAGACUGGGGGCGGGGAGGCUGCCGAGGCUCCGAGGGAUGAGACUGACAGAUCCACGCGGCUUAUCAUUGAGGAGUGCCGCCGCAUGUCCCUCUCAGACCUCCUCGAACCGCAGAAAUCCGAGGACUCCGUGGACAAGGAAGACAAGGAGGAACACACGGAGGCUGUGGAUGAGGAUGACGUGUUCAAGACUCAGCAGGCAGACUCUCAGGUCGUGCCGCUGGUGGAGUGACGAGGAUCAAGACUAUGAUGAAAAAGGGAUUACCGUGAUUUAUUUUUUCCUUUUUUUUCAUAUUUUUUCAAGCGGUCCUGCAUAGUUUCAGAAUUCCUGCCGUGGUCGUGGAGGUUCGUGGCAGGCAUGGACGAGGCUCGCUUGGAUCUACUGCUCUAGGUUACAGUAUUAAUUAAUAGGGAACUAGGAUGUACUACUGCGUCUCUUGUGUCACGCCCGCGGAUCUGUCUAUUUGUCUGUCUGUCUGUCUCAUUGGAAAAAUACAUGCGUGUAUGAAUAGUAAGACAAGAGACCUUUUUUCAGUAAUAUAAAGUUCUCUCUCUCUCUCUCUCUCUCUCUCUCUCUCUCUCUCUCUCUCUCUCUCUCUCUCUCUCUCUCUCUAUCUAUCUAUCUAUCUAUCUAUUUGUUUAUCUAUCUUUCUAUCUCUACCUAUCUAUAUCACACACACACACACACUAAAAGAAUAUAUAUCACUUCCCAAAUUUCCAUGUUUUGGAGAUCAACUAUAGUGACUGCAAACUGCGAUGAAUAUGCAUUAUUCUCUCUAUUAAACCAAAUGUAUUUGAAUAAAGAUAUUUAUGGACUAAAA